UGAAUUGAUAAGGUAUUAUUGGCUAUUGCUUAAAGUUCCGUAAAUAUUGCCAUGGAAAUUAGAAAUAUCUCCACAAAAAUACGUCGUAUUACAUUUUCUUUCACUAUAUAGUUGACUUUUGUUUAGAAAACUGGCAUUCUAAGCUUUAUUCAUUAAAAAAAAUAUAAUCAACAAGUUAAAAAACUUUUAUAAAAUUCAAUCAGACAAAUACAUAAUAUUAUAAAAUUAAUUGUUUGAAUUUUUGAAAUAUCAAACAAAAAUGGUUUACAUAACUGAAAGUAAGUUUUUUUUUUUUUUUACAUUUGUAUAUUGAUCAUUAUUAUAAUUUUGUUUUAAACUUUCAGUAUAUAAAUUAGAAAAAACAUUAUUUAUUAUCGAUCUUGUACCUUUUUAAUUGUUAAUGAAAUUAUGUUUUUUUAAUUGACAUUAAAAUCUUAAUAAUACAUAUACUCUAAACAGUAUAUUUAUAUUAUUGGUUAGGGGUAUAAAUGGUAGUUAUAAGUCCAAAUAUCACUAAUAUCUAUAGGUACUUUUUUUGUAUGGUAUUCAUAUAUUUUUGGAAAUUUUGACCUUGGAGAAUAUUUUAAAACAUUUCUUCUAUAUUGGAUUAUAUUAAAAAAUAUAUUUUUGAAACUUUUAUAUAAUUUUUUGUCACUAUUACUCAGUAAUUGCCUGUGAUAAAUUUUUAGUCUUUAUUGAGAUAAAUUCCAACCAGUCAUAAUAUUAUAUAUAGAUAAGUAUACAUUAAAAAUGAAUUCUAUGAAAAACUGGACUCAUAUUUGACAUAUUACCAAAUAUUAAAGUAAAAAUGUUACUUGGAGAUAUUAAUGCUAAAAUAGGUCAAGAACCAAUCUUCAGCACGACUAUAGGAAGUUAUAGCUUACAUCUAAUCUCAAACGAUUGAUAUACUUUGCUAUGGAACGAGAUAUAGUAAUAAGUAAUAUUGUCUUCCCUCAUACAAAUAUACACUAACAAACAUGGGUAUCGCCAGAUUGGCGAAUGAACAAUCAGAUGAACCACAUAGUAUUAAAAGAUGAUAGAAUCAAAAUAUGUAUAAUGGAUGUACAGAACAUGAAAGGUUUUAGCAAAAUAUCAGAUCAUUUCAUUGUGAUAUCUAGUCAGAUUUAGAUUAUCAGUAAAAUUUGUUGGAAUAUUGUGAGGGAGCAAAAAAGGAAUAUUAUUAGAACACAAAGAAGAGAGAAGAUGAUACUUAUUGGAAAGGGCAGGACAAUUGAAGAGGAAAUAGGAAGCAUUGCAAAUAGUGGAACCAUUGAUUGCUCUAUUACUGCAUUGAACUUUGGUUCAUAGUAUUCCAUUAGUUUUUUAAAAAUUAAUUCUGUCUAUAAAUUUUCUUCAGUAGCAUUUAAUGUAUACAGUAACUCUAUGCAUCAUCUCCAAUAACACUGAGUAAAACUGUAACUUUUAUCUUUUCUGGCUUUGCAUCAAUUUCAUUAGCUCUCAAGUACAAAUUAAAUUUAUUCUUAAACAAUUUAAAUUGUUAAUUACAAUCAUCAAUCUCCAGUGGAGUUGAUACUAGGGUAAUAGAACCAUUAGACUGUGACAUAUUAUAUUUUGUAUUUCUUAUUAUAAAAUAAGUACACCAACUAGUAUAUUAAGUUUAACAUAAUUUUAAUAUCUCUUUAGUUUUUAAUAGUAUUUAACAGUCAUUAUAGUUCAGAACAUUAUAAUAGACAAUCGAAGAAAAAAAUGAACACAUGCUUCUAUAGUGAGCUGACUUUAGGUGACUAUUAUUUUUUAGUUUUAAGGACAAAAAUAAGAUUAUCUAAGAUGCUCGUCAAAUCAAUUAUACUUUAUUCUUGUGAAGCAUAGGCGUCUACCAAAUCUGACAAAAAAAAAUUAAAGAUCUUAGAAAAAUCUUACAAAGAGUUUUUGGCCCAAAAAGAAAUGAUAAAGUUAGCUACGAAAUAAGGUCAAACAGAGAACUUAUGACUAUUGUACGAGUCCAAUAUAGUGGCUUUACUCAAGAGCCAGAGAAUUAGGUGGGCCGAACACGUUUGAUGGGCUGAGGGCCAACUUAUAUUGACUAUCACAAAAUGAAAACCUAAUAAAAGUGUUCCGAGGAGAAAAUCUUGACAAUGAUUGGAGGACCUAAUCAAGAAAAAUCUCAGAAUGAUAGGAGUGCUGAAUAAAGAAGAACUGGUAGCAUAUAGAGAAGCGUGGAGGAAAAUAGUGGAAGCGACAAUGAGCUUAAGUGGCCUAGAAUAAGCCUUUAAAUAAAUAAAUAAGUAUAUACUUAGGAAUAUUUAUAUUUUAUACUUGAAUAAUGACUAAUAGAUAUAAUUAUUGUGAUGCUGACCAGUAGGUAUACUAAUACAGUAACUAUUUCUUACUAUUUUUUUAAUUUUUUUUGGUGAGAAAUAUUUUUAGAAAUAUUUCAUCAAUUGUUGCAUAUAAAUAUCAUAUUUCAGAUAUUUUAAAUAAAUAUUAAUCUGAACUGUAGCUAUAAUUAAAAUUUUAAUAAUAAUGAUUUAAUUUACUAUUUUUUGUUUAUAUUAGGUGGAAGUUUACAAGACCACACACCUAUAAAGAAAAAAAUUACAGAUUCAUUCUGGGGUGUUGUAAACUUUGUAUCAUUUUUGUAAGUGUAUGAAUAAUUGAUAAUUUUAAAAAAAUAUGAAUGUACUUGAGUAGGUAAGGUAUAGUAGGUUGGAAGUUUAAAAAGUAUAAGAUAGGAUAUAGAAUAAUUUUAUUUAUAUAUUUAAAGCAGCGAUAAAUCGUUUUAAUCAAAAAAUGAUUUUGAGUGAAGUAUUGGUAAUUACUUUGGAUACCUAUGUAGUCUAGAAAUCAAUAAAAAUAAAAUCAAUGUAUCGACAUUUGUUAUCAGUUUUUAAUUGUAUAGAAAAAUUGUUAGUAAUUUUGACAAUUUUUUCAAAUAAAGUACCACGCUGGUGAAGAAUCCAGUUAUUUUAAGGUAUGAUACAAAUAAUUUAAGUCUUAACUGCUACACUCAGAAUCUAAAAUAAAAUAAAAAUUAUAUAUUUCUAGUUUUAGAUUAUGAGUUUAGCAAUGAAACGUAUGAUUUUACAAUGAUGUUAAUUUUUUUAUCUGAACAACUUUUCUACCAGUAAUUUUACACCGAUUUACAAUGAUAGCACUUUUUCUGAGAGAAAAUUUUACUGGGGAGGUCCUUUAGGGAAGACAUUUUUUUAUUUUCGCAAUAUAUUGGGAAAACCAGAAAAAAAUAGAGAGAAUGGAAAAAUAGGUAUAAUUUAAAACAAAUAUUAAAAAAAAAUAUAUAAUAUGACAUGUAUAUUGUUGAAAAAGCUCUAUUAUCAACUGAACUUCGCUCAGAUUCAUUUUUAGUUAGCAAUGGUUUAUCGUUGGUUGCAUAUAUACAUUAAAUUCUCUUCUGUGUCCUACCUUCCCAACUUCUUACCUACAAUAGUGGCUGCACCCAGAUAUGAAGGAUGUUUGUCUUUUUUUAAUAAAUGUAAUCUUCUAAACAAAAUCGAAUUAACUGAUUUAUUUUAAUUAGUAUUUACCACACAAAUCUUUUUUUUCAGUUUUCAAAGUCUAUUAAGUCCCAAUUCGACUAGAUGGGGUAAUCAAUAUUCAGUUACAUACAGGCGACCUGGUUCUUCAUCUAGUGGGUAUGUACAACACAUUUUAAUAUAAAUAAUACAUAAUAUAAGUUUAUUUUCAUUUGAAGUACCUUGUUACAGUUCCCCCCAACCAUACUAUAAUUUGUUUACAUGUUUAUUUAUAUUAUUUAUUAAUAAUAAAGAAUUAUUCUAAUGUUGACAAUUUACAAUAUUAAUUUCAAUUAAUAACUAGCAAUCAUGCAAAUUAUGAAUUAAGAUACAAAUAAUAUGAAUAAAAACAAUAACAAUGUAUUACUAAAAUAACAUUUACUUUUGUUUAAAUUUAAAAUAUUUAUGUAUUAUAAUAAAUUCUUUUUUUUUUUUUUUUAGAACACUGAGACCUCAAAGACGUUUUGGUGGAUUUGGUCCUAGUACUUCUGCUCCAUCUCCUCCAUCAACAUGCAGCAGUUGCAUGGGAUAAAUAUAUUAACAGAACUCAUAAAAAUUAUAAAAUUAAUAAAUACAAAUAAUCUAAUCUUUAUGUUUUUGUGAAAUAAUUAAUCAUAAAAAAUUUUAAUCUAAAUAAAAGUGAACCAUUAGUUUAAGUUAAAUACUCUUAUGAAAAUUAUUAGUUAUAUAAGUAAUUUAUUCUUUAUUUACCACAUAAAUCAUAUUUAAAAUUUAAAAUAUAACUACAUACUAAUAUAGUAAUAUUUAUACCUUUAUUCAUCUACUGUAAUAUAAUAUUUUAUACUUUCUUUUAUUCUUUAGUAACUUACCUUACCACAACUAAAUUAAUAUAGACAAUAUUAACUUUUUUUUUUCUGUGUAUUAUCUCAGAGGAAUUCAGAAUUCUAUACUUACAUAAAAAAAAAAAUUUAUUUAAAUUCAAAAUUCAAGAGAUCAUAGAUAUAGAAAUUUAAACUUAAAAAUCUAGCUUUUUAGUAUUGUUGAAACCUAUCUAUUAACUUGUCUGAAAUUUCAGAUUUGUGUACCUGUGUAUAUUAUUGUUUUAAUCACUAGCUCUAGGAAGAGGUCAAGACCUAUUAACUGAUGGUCAACAUCUAACUAAAUAAAAUUCUUCAAGAAAAAAGAUGAUACACAUGUACAUUGGAGCAAUAUUUCUGGUCAAAAUUGUGUACAUAGUAUAAAAAAAUUUAAAAAAACAUCAUUUCACAAAUCACAUUCAUAAAGUAAUUUAUUAUAUUUGGAAUAAUAGUUAUUGAUAAAAU